AAACCAACGUGAGAAAAGUACGACUUACUGUCUCUCACGGUCUCACCCCUUCUGAUUAGUAUGAGACUGAAGCUCAACAAAAACAGCUAUUUCCAUCUUCUGUCUCUCCAGCCACAUCUCUCUCAUUUCCCGAAAAGGACCUCGUAAAUCCGAUCGGGACUCACUGGAACUUUCAGAGUUUUGCAGCAUUCUCUCCGGUCAGUUUUCCUGCAAUGCCGGUCUCUCGUUCUCUAUUUCUUCUAUUUCUUCUUCACUUGGCAGUUCUGGUAGUCGCUCGGAGAUCCAUAGCUUCUUCUGAGAAGAUUACCAGCCCGUGGCAGACGCUAAGUGGAAAUGCACCUUUAGUCAUAGCGAAGGGUGGCUUUUCAGGGAUUUUUCCGGAUUCAAGUUAUCAUGCCUACGCUUUGGCCUUGAUUACUAGUUUGCCCAAUGUGGUCCUGUGGUGUGAUGUGCAGUUGACAAAAGAUGGAGAUGGAAUAUGCUUUCCAUACCUCAAUCUAGGGAACUCUUCUAGCAUAUCAUAUGUCUUCAACGAUACUAAAAUGUACCGUGUUAAUGGGCAACUCAUGGAAGGAUUCUUUUCUGUGGACUUUACCCUAGAUGACUUGACAAAUGUCUACUUAACUCAAGGAAUUUACUCCCGAGCAAAUAAAUUUGAUGGUAAUAUGUUCAAGAUUCUUACUGUUGAAGAUGUGGCAAAGCAGUUGAAGCCUCCAGGCUUAUGGUUGAAUAUUCAGCAUGAUGCAUUCUUUACACAGCACAAUUUGAGUAUGAGAAGCUUUGUGCUUUCUGUAUCAAGACGUGUAAUUGUUAGUUACAUCUCAUCACCAGAAGUAGCUUUUCUCAGGAGUAUUACAGCACGAUUUAAGCAAAGCACAACGAAACUGGUCUUCCGCUUUCUAAGGGCUGAUGAUAUUGAACCUACAACUAACCAGACCUAUGAUUCAAUAUUGAAAAAUCUUACCUUUGUCAAGACGUUUGCCUCUGCAAUCCUUGUUCCAAAGAAUUACAUAUGGCCUGUGAACACUGAUCUAUAUCUACAACCCCAUACCUCUGUUGUGUUGAAUGCUCAUAGGGAAGGGCUUGAGGUUUUUGCAUCAGAUUUUGCUAAUGAUGUACCUCUUAGCUACAAUUACAGUUAUGAUCCAAUAAAGGAGUGUCUUUCAUUCAUCGACAAUGGUAAAUUCUCUGUUGAUGGCAUCUUGUCUGACUUCCCUAUUACUCCAUCAGAGGCCAUAGAUUGCUUUGCUCACCUAAGCACAAAUAGUUCUGGAAAAGCACCGCUUGUUAUCUCACAUAAUGGGGCUAGUGGAAUCUACCCUAGUUCUACAGAUAUUGCAUAUAAGCAAGCUUUUGAUGAUGGUGCUGAUGUCAUUGACUGUGCUGUUCAAAUGACACAGGACGGGGUUUCUAUAUGUUUAGGCUCUAUAAAUCUUAUGGAUGGCACAAAUGUUGUUCAAACAGAUUUUAACUCUCGUUCCACUACCAUAAGACAGAUUCAGCCAAUCCCAGGAAUUUUUACCUUCAACCUUACAUGGGAAGAGAUUAAGACCUUGAAGCCGGUUAUAUCGAACCCAUCCAGGGAUUUCGCUUUGUAUCGGAAUCCUGCAUAUAAAUAUGCUGGAAGCAUCUUCUCAUUAAAAGACUUUCUGGCCUUUGCAAAAGACAAGCCACUUUCUGUUUUGAUCAGCAUAGAGAAUGCAGCCUAUCUUGCAGAGAGUCUGGGUUUAAGUGUAACAAAUGCAGUGAUUGAUGCUUUAAACCAGUCUGGCUAUAAUAACCAAACCAAUCAGAAGGUUAUGAUCCAAUCCAGUAACAGAUCCGUUUUAAUCAAGUUCAAGGAGAAAACCAAUUACCAGUUGGUCUACAAAAUUGAUGAAGAUAUCCGUGAUGCUGAUGACUCAUCAAUCAAGGAUAUCAAGCAAUUUGCUCAUUCUGUGGCAAUCACAAAGGAAUCUGUGUUUCCUACAAAUCAGCUCUUCCUCACUGGUGCUACCAACAUUGUUUCAAAGUUACAAUCAUCAAACCUAACUGUCUAUGUGUAUUUAUUCAGGAAUGAGUUUGUAUCUCAAGCAUGGGACUUCUUUUCAGACCCAGUUGUUGAGAUCAAUUCUUUUGUCAUGGGAGCUGGGAUUGAUGGAAUCAUCACCGACUUCCCAGGGACAGCUACAGCAUACAGAAAUAACAAAUGUUUGAAGAUGGGAAAAAAUAAACCAUAUUAUAUGAACCCUGUUGAGCCUGGUGCUCUCAUGCAAGUCAUUACUGCCGAAUUUUUGCCACCUGCUGAGUCUCCAAACCCUGUCCUGACAGAAUCUGAUGUGGCAGAGCCACCAUUGGCUUCGAUUACAAAGAAUAUAACAACCACUGGGAAUGGGACAGUUGCUUCUCCUGAAACUUCACCAAAGUCAAGCGGACAUCUACAGAGUACUGCCUGUGUCUUCCUAUCAUCUUUGGGGAUGCUGCUUCUACUUCUUUGAAACCAGGUACUACUACUGUGCCAUCCUAAACAUCCCCACCAAUGCUCCCUGCAUCUUCUAUCCAGAAACCUGUAUCCAUCUAUUCGAUGAUUUCGUAUUUUAUUUUCCCUGAUUUCAUGCAGUUUUGUUCUUUUAUUUUGAUGUAAUUUUAUAAUUUUAUUAGGUCUUUCCAAUGUUUUGAGAAUGUAUUAGUGAUACGCGCCAGAAAUGAUACUUUAUAAUCGGUAAUAUUUAGUGUA